AUGCGGUGGCCAGUGACAGCUGUUCUGUCUGAUGAUUCAGUUUCUAAAAGGUCAGAUAGGUAUCUAGACUUAACUACAGAACAGUGGACACUUGCAGAGGAGUUAAUCAAAAUUCUACAACCUUUUGAUGUUGCUACAACUCUUCUUUGUGCAGAGAAAACUGCCACAAUUUCUUACACAUUACCUAUAUUGUAUGGACUUCUGCAGCAUCUAACACCAGCUCAAGAAGAUAAUGCUACCAUUGCUGCAUUCAAGACUACAGUAAAAAAAGAAAUAGAAGAAAGGUGGGGCCUAAAUAAUCUAGAUGCUUCAAGCUGUUUACUUUUGUCUUCCAUACUCGAUCUACGCUUCAAACCUUUGAAGUUUUUGACCAAUGGAUUAUUAGAAGCUGUAAAGACUGAACUGUGCAACAGAAUGGAGAACAUUCCUGAGUCCCUCAUUGAGAGUGUCAGUGGCAUAGAGCAGUGUCCUCCUGAGAAGAGAUGCAAGUCUGCUUUUGAUAUCUUACUAGGAGAUGAAGAGGAUUCAAGUACUGGAUUAGAGAAUGACACAAUAUUAGGCGAAGUGACAAAAUAUUUAGAAGAAAAACCCAUUCCCAGAAGUGACUGCAUAUUAAAUUGGUGGAAGAUUAACUCACCUACUUAUCCACUACUUGCUAUCAUUGCCAGAGGAUUACUAGGCAUCCCGAGUACAUCAGCUACCUCAGAGAGAAUUUUUUCUAUUGCAGGGUUAACAGUUACAAAACUACGAAGUGCUUUAAAACCCAGCAAUGUUGAUGCCUUAAUAUUUUUGAAUAAGAACUAUGAGUUACUUUGA